AUAUUUCUCUUUGUUCAGCGUGUAUCCAAUAGUCUGUGAGCUUGUUAGGUCACGACAGAGAGAAACAAGAAGCUUCCAAAAUGGUGCUGGAAAGUACUAUGGUCUGUGUGGACAACAGCGAAUACAUGAGAAAUGGAGACUUUCUACCUACAAGGCUACAGGCUCAGCAGGAUGCUGCCAACAUCGUUUGCCAUUCCAAAACACGCAGCAAUCCAGAAAACAACGUGGGCCUCAUCACUAUGGCAAAUAACUGUGAGGUCCUGACCACACUGACACCAGAUACUGGCCGUAUCCUGUCCAAACUUCAUGCUGUGCAACCCAGAGGGAAGAUCUCCUUCUGUACGGGCAUCAGAGUCGCUCAGCUGGCCCUAAAGCACAGACAAGGAAAAAACCACAAGAUGAGGAUCAUUGCCUUUGUUGGGAGUCCUGUGGAGGAUAAUGAAAAAGAUCUUGUCAAGUUGGCAAAGCGCUUGAAAAAGGAGAAAGUGAAUGUGGAUAUUAUUAAUUUUGGAGAAGAGGAGGUGAACACAGAAAAGCUGACCGCUUUUAUAAAUACUCUAAAUGGGAAGGAGGGGACUGGCUCCCACCUGGUCACAGUCCCUCCAGGGCCCAGUCUGGCUGAUGCGCUGCUCUCCUCGCCCAUCCUGGCCGGUGAAGGAGGUUCUAUGAUGGGUCUUGGUGCCAGCGACUUUGAGUUUGGCGUGGAUCCCAAUGCUGAUCCAGAGCUGGCACUGGCCCUGCGUGUAUCGAUGGAGGAGCAGCGACAGAGGCAGGGGGAAGAGGCCGCCGCUGCCUCUGUAGCCGAGGCAGGCAUGCCCACACCCAGUGCAGAUGAAUCAGAGGAGGCCUUAUUGAAGAUGUCUGUAUCUCAGCCUGAGAGUGGUGCAGCAGUGCUUCCUGACUUCAGCAGCAUGACAGAGGAGGAGCAGAUAGCUUAUGCCAUGCAGAUGUCUCUUGCUGGUGGAGAGUAUGGAGAAAUAGACACAGGAGCCCCCAUGGACACCGCAGAAUCAGCCAAGGAGGAAGAUGACUAUGAUGUGAUGCAAGACCCAGAGUUCCUUCAGAGUGUCUUGGAAAACCUGCCUGGUGUUGACCCAAACAACGAGGCCAUACGCAAUGCCAUGGGUUCCUUGGCUUCUCAGAUGGGGAACAAGCCAGAUGGCAAAAAAGAAGAAGAGAAGAAAAAAUGAGAAACAGCAGAGAUGGACAAACUUCAGACACUGACUAGAAAAUAAUGAACAAUUGCAGACUAAUAUACAAGAUUGCUGAUGCAUUGCCCUGCAUGACAGCACUCUGAUAGUCCUUUUCUGUCAAGACACACAAAAGCCCCAACAUAGAAGA